ACCCUUUGAACCGGCAUUUUGUAGAGGGUCGUUCAGUUGCGUCUCAUUCGCUGUUUUGGGAGUACGUUGUCUAUCGCGGUACUUAAAACAUUAUCGGAUAUAUAUUCUCGUAUUUCACGAUCGAGCGUGGCCGUCAUGGCCUUUUUUUAAAACGGACACGUGUUUUAUUUUUGUUUUACUGUUCCCGUCGGAAACAUCGCGAAUAAAACAAUUUACUAUCUAUUUUUUAUUGUUAUGACCAUCGUGACAUCCAACAAACCGCGAUGACGUCGUAUCUGGAAUACCGAGUUUGAACACCGUUCAGGUGUCCAGUUAAGUCGGUUAGCGGAUAAAGAAGAGAUCCCAAGAAUACACCGCAACGGCUAUGGAGUGGCGUUGGGGUCAUGAUUUUUCCAUCGCGUUGGCCAUAUCCGCUGCUUGUUUUAUCGGCCAACUGACGCUCGGCUUCCACAUAAAAGAAUGCGAUGAAGCGUUGGGUAUGGAAUCCGGUGCUAUACCAGACUCAGCAAUUACAGCUAGUUCGUCAUAUAAUAUACCAAAUGUUGGUCCAAGUAACGGAAGGUUAAAAGUUGAACGAGCUGGAGGUGGAUGGUGCCCUAAACCACCUGUAGAACAAGGGGUAAGGGAGUGGUUGCAAGUGGAUUUCGGAUCAGUUCACAUGAUCACGGGAGUUCAAACUCAAGGGCGUUUCGGUAAUGGACGAGGUCUCGAGUACGCUGAAGAGUACACAUUGGAGUAUUGGCGACCAGGUUUAACUGAAUGGAAAAAAUACAAACGAUGGGAUGGAAAAGAGAUAAUGUCAGGCAACACAGAUACUUCUACAGUAGUUCUACAUCAUUUGCUUCCACCUGUAUUUGCAUCUCAACUACGUAUAUUGCCUUACAGUAUUCAUAGACGCACCGUUUGUCUCAGAGCAGAGGUCAGAGGAUGUCCAACAGAUCAUGGUAUAAUUAGUUAUACUAUUCCAGUAGACGACUCAUCUAAUGACAACAGUGACGGAAGCGACUUAUCUUAUGACGGCGAAAACAUUGAUGGAAAACUGAUCGGUGGACUUGGACGUUUAGUUGAUGGAAUUUAUGGUGUAGAUAAUUACAAAAUGGACAUUGGUUACGGCAAAGGUAAUGGUUGGGUUGGUUGGCGAAAAGAUUAUUUCACAAAAGGUUUUGUAGAAUUGAUAUUUGAAUUUGAUGGAAUAAGAAACUUUUCUGCAGUUCACAUAUUCACCAACAACUUUUUUAGCAAGAACGUACAGGUAUUCUCAAAGGCACGAGUUCAGUUUAGCAUCGGUGGUCAACAUUAUCAUGGACGGUCAGUUUGGUACACGUACAUGCCAGACACAGUUCUUGAAAACGCAAGAGACGUUGACAUACAACUACAUAAUCACCUAGGGAAAUUCGUAAAAAUUCAGCUUUACUUUUCAAAUAAAUGGAUCAUGAUCAGUGAAGUUAAAUUCGAUUCGGAGCCGCUACCUCAAAACUUCACCGUCGACACUGACACACAAUUCGAGGAUGAACAGUUGGUGGGAGGAGCUGUGGACCCACCUUGGGAAUCACCCGACACUACUACGCACAAAGAAAAAGACAACAGAGACAGUGGACUUGUAGAAGUAUUAAUUGGCGUGUUGACUGCAGCUACUCUCAUCUUACUUGGUAUAUGCGCUAUAGUAUUGGUUUUGAGUCGCCGUAAAAAACAUCAAACUAUUAGCACUUCGAUAUUCAAAAAACCGUUUGGCGUCACUCUGAAUAUGAAAGAUAUUUUUAUGAACUUGGCACCACAUAACAACAACAAUAACGUCAUCAGUCGACACAUAACAGAAAAUCCGUUGCCCGUAUGUGAACAAAUGCGCAGUGAUAGUUUCAUUACAGAAAACUACGGAAAAUCUCAACAUAACGUUAUUUACGAAACACCACUUUUGGCCAGGAAAGAUUACGAAACAAUUCGUAGUAGCAAAGUUACAGAUGCAAAGUGUGCAACGUCAGUAAAAGAAUUUGGACGUAGCGAUUCAGAACGAGAAUCAUUGAGUAGUCUCGAAAUAGACCCAAAAUCAAUUGAUUAUUCUACGAGGGAUAGCGUUACGUCCUUACAUUACCGAAGUCUACAAAUGCAAAACGCAUUGCCUUCAGUCAUGAUGGAUAGUCCGACUAGAAACAAGCAAUUGCAAUGCACUUCUGAUGUCGCUUCUCGGAAAAGAUUCCACACUGCUCCCCGUGAAAAGCACAGAAUGGCUCCGCCUUCUGUAACAUGGAACAUCAGUCCAAGUAUGGGUCAGCCCUAUAAGUGUCGAGAAGCAGAUAUUGUACAAAUCCCUCGAUAUUGUUUGAACGUAGUAAGCAAACUUGGUAUGUCACAUCAGGGUGAAGUCGCAAUUUGUGAAACGAUGGACAUAAAUAUAACUGAAAACGGACGAGUGGUCGCUAAAACUUGUCCAUCAACGUCAACAAGGGAAAUAAAAUUCUUAUGUAGCCUUAUCGACCCCAACUUAGUGCGCGUAUUUGGAGUGUGUGGAAACGAAUCACCACCGUGGCUCAUUACUGAAUAUCCCGCUGAACUUGGCGAUUUGGUUAUCGUUUUAAGAACUCAUUCAACAUUAACGUAUACAACAUUAAUGUUUAUGGCUACUCAAAUAGCAUCGGCCAUGAAGUAUUUAGAAUCGAAAAAUGUUGCACACAAAGAUCUAGCCGCAAGGAACUGUCUAGUUUCGAGAGGCUAUUCAAUUAAAGUAGCAGAUAUAGCGGUGUGCAAUCCAGCGUACAAGAAGGACUAUAGUGAAAUUGGUAACCGCCCUCCCGCUCCUAUUCGAUGGCUCCCGUGGGAAAGCAUACUACUGGAUCGAUACACAUGUCCCAGUUCUGUAUGGUCUUUCGCGGUGACAAUGUGGGAACUGCUAAGUAUGGCACGAGAUAAGCCAUUUCCACAUCUUACCAACGAACAAGUAAUACAUAAUGCUGAACAAAUGUAUUACGGAGGAGAGUUACAAGUACUAUUGCCUAAACCAAACUUGUGCCCCGCGGAAAUAUACGAGCUCAUGUGCGAAUGCUGGAAACGUGAUCAAAACCACAGGCCGACAUUUAAGCAGCUCUAUCACUUCUUGAAAAGGAAUCACACAACAUAUUCGUGUGAAAUAGACAAACAAUUGCAGAACAUUUCACCUGUUUAGUUCUCAACAUUUGUGUGAUUUUUCUUGUUGAUGUAUAUAAAAAAAAGUGUAAAAAAUUCUCAUUGUUAAAUCUUGAAUAUGUUCUUCAUUUUCUCGGUUCUAGGAUAAUAAUAAAUUUAAUUUAUACAUAACUGCCUUCAAACUUUAAUCGCAUUGAUCCAAAAUACAACCAUAGAUUAACCGUUAAAUAAGAACAGGGUUUGCUUCAUCUUUGACAUUAUUUUUGAUAUGUCCAUUUUCAAAUAAAUCACACUUUUUCUAUUACCACAACCCAAUGAAUUGGGGGAAUUCGCUUUAUAAAUUUAAUUUUAAUCCUUUUUGAAUAAUUUCAUAUAUUGUAUUUUUAUAAUUAUGUAUUUUAUAAAAUAUAUAUUAUAAUUUAUUGAGCAGCAUGUGGGUAACAUUUUUGUAAUGAUUGAAUAGCACUACUAUAUUAUGUACGUCUAUUAAUCGGAAAUUAGCUAGACAAUCAAUGCGUAGGGUAAUCAGAAUCGGUUUCCAUUAUUGUAUAGUAAAUUAAAAUACCUUUAUUAGGUUAAAUUUACUAUAAUAUGGACCGAUCAAAUAUUUAUAUAAAUAUGUAUAUUUAUUUGAAUAAAAAUAUAAUAAAAGGUAUAAAUUAUUAUUAGGUAUGAUUAACAAUUAUGUGAAAUCAACUAAUUGUUAGGUGCAAUAACUAAUUAUUUUUUAGAAAACUUUUUUCUUUUUUUAUUAAUUUAGUAAAUGUGAUUAAACGAAUUGUAAAUAUAUUUUAAAUUAAGAACCUGAUUAAUUGUAUUGUUUCUUAUUUGUAAUGGAUAUGACAUUCAAUAUUAAAGUUUAAUAAUAAGUAUAUUCCAUAUACUUGACCA